GACACAUCCUAUUUCGGUAUUUCCUCGAUUCUCACGUUUGCAAGUUGCAUUGUUUUUAUCGAAAGAAAUUAAGCUGAUAAUCCACUAUUUCAAAGCAAAAUAAUUAAAAGUUUUGAAGAAAGUGACAAUCAUUGUUCUAAUCGGUGUUUAUCCAUCUUUUUAACUUAUAAAGUUGUUUAGAAAGCCGUCAAAAUUGCGUCCAAAAUGCAAAACGUUAAUGCUCCACGGGAGCCAGCUCCCGUGCUAAGCACGAGUUCUACUAUAUUAAAUAUGAGAGAGAAAGAAAAAUAUAUAGAAGAAUUCGAUUUUCCAUUCUGUGACGAGUCAUCUAAAUACGAAAAAGUAGCAAAGAUCGGUCAGGGCACGUUCGGAGAGGUGUUCAAAGCUAGAGCACGAAACAGUAGCAAAAAAUUCGUAGCCAUGAAAAAAGUUUUAAUGGACAAUGAAAAAGAAGGUUUCCCGAUCACAGCACUACGUGAAAUUAAGAUACUGCAGCUGUUAAAACACGAAAAUGUCGUGAAUUUGAUCGAAAUAUGUCGGACAAAAGCAACUUUACAUAACAAGUACAGAUCGACGUUUUACCUGGUUUUUGAUUUCUGUGAGCACGAUUUGGCGGGUUUACUAUCGAAUGUGAACGUUAAAUUCAGCUUGGGUGAAAUAAAAAAGGUUAUGCAACAGUUACUGAACGGGUUAUAUUACAUACACAGCAAUAAAAUAUUACACAGAGAUAUGAAAGCUGCGAAUGUGUUGAUAACAAAGAAUGGGGUGCUGAAGUUGGCUGACUUUGGUCUAGCGAGAGCCUUCAGUGUAGCAAAGUCUGGACAAGCUAAUAAAUAUACUAACAGAGUUGUGACUCUGUGGUAUAGGCCUCCGGAAUUGUUGUUGGGUGAUCGUAACUACGGGCCGCCAGUGGACAUGUGGGGUGCCGGAUGCAUCAUGGCUGAGAUGUGGACGCGCUCACCGAUCAUGCAGGGUCCCACAGAACAACAGCAGUUGAUCCUCAUAUCGCAGCUAUGCGGUUCGUGCACACCGGACGUGUGGCCGGGCGUGGAGAGCCUCGACCUGUACAAUAAGAUGGAGCUGCCGAAGGGCCAGAAGAGGAAGGUUAAGGAAAGGCUAAAGCCAUAUGUAAAGGACCCGUACGGUUGCGACCUGCUCGACAAGCUCCUGCAGUUGGACCCAGCAAAGAGAUACGAUGCGGACACAGCGUUGAACCACGACUUCUUCUGGACGGACCCGAUGCCGUGCGACCUGGCCAACAUGCUGGCCCAACAUACGCAAAGCAUGUUCGAAUACUUGGCCCCACCAAGACGACCAGGCCACUUACGGCACCAUCACCACGUGGCUGGCGCUCAAGCGAAGCCCAACCCACCACCGCAGGACUCGGGGUACCAGGAUAGAGUGUUCUAGACCUCGUACAGGUCGAAACGACCUGGUAGACACUGUUAGCGGACUAAGUGAUAUGAUAAAGUGAUGGAACAAGUGAAGUGAUAUUAGUGAUGGUUAGGGUGGAUUGUGAAUUGAUAAUUUGAGAAAGGUAGAAAGAGGUAACUGUAAACAGUGAGAAAUUGCAACAAGGUAGUAAAAUUAUUGAUGUAUAAUAAACAAAAGCUAGACUCGCAAUUGCACUCGAAAAGUGUUGAGAUUCGAAACUCUGCUUUCGGCAGAGUUUUCUUAGGUGAGAUACAAUAGAAUUUGAACAUAACUGCUACGAAAUAAGGUGUUAAUUUCAAUGAAUUUUGCAUAGAAUGCUGCUCGAAAUUUUCUGAUUACAUUCUGAUUGUGAGUCUAGUUGUUUUUUGAGCCUUUUGUGUUCUGCCAGACCGAGACAUUUUUUUUAAACAUCAUGGUAAGUAAGUACUUAUAAUUCUCAUUGGUUAGGAAAAGGUCAUUAGAAAGUAUACCAAUUGUAAAUGAAGUAAAAUUUAAUAAACUAAUUUUUGAAAAUGUUAUUUGAAGAAAAAAUUGAUAUAUUAUAAUAGUUAUAACACCAAUAUCUCACUUUAUUAUAGUGUUGUUUAGUUUGAUGAAUACUUGCCCACUGCGUUUUAAAAACUUAAUAUCAUUGAUGAGUUUGUUUUUUGUAUAACUUUGAUUGGAAUAAUUACAUAAUUUUUGUAUCCAAUAUACCUACUUAUUUAAUUUUA